UUGAUAACGACAAUCAUCAUCCUCGCUGUUAUGAUCUAUAAAAAGCACAGUAACAAUAAAGCAGACAGAAAAGAAAAACCAGGAGAAAAUGAAAUGCCUUCUUCGCCUCUGGAGGCUGUAGAAAAUGAGAUACCCGUAUAUGCAAGUGUUGAUUUGUCAAAAAAGAAGAGAACAAGACAACACGGUGAAAAACCGAUCCAUGCCCAGGAAGACAGGAGCAAGAAAAAGCACCCAGGCCAGAUCAUCUAUGCAGAAUUAGAUCUUCUGUCUUCAACUGAAGUCAUCCCUCCACCAUUACCAGAUCGUGACGCGUAUAGUGAGAUUGGUUGCAGCCAAAGUUCAAGUCAUGGUGACAAUUUAGGGCCUAUAUAUGAAUAUGUUUUUCUGGAAUGAUACACAAUAUAUUUUUACUAAUACAUUUAGGCACAAAGUAGUAGCGGCUAGAUUCCUCGAAGCGAUUAAUUAUUGUCUUUACUGUUCAUUAUAUCAACAAGUCAGCUAGGCAAAAGAAAUAACAAAAAUGAGUUAAUACUAUUGAUGGUUUUUAACCAUUCCCAUAAGAGAAUUAAAUAACAAAAGACACGGCGGCCAUGUUGGAGGAUUUAGUUCAU